UGCCCUCAAGGCUUGAACGACGCACGUGCUCGAGGAGAAGGCCCGCGCACUGGAGGUGGAGGCCGCCGCCGCCCGUACGAUCUCGCUAUCAUAAACCCAAGCUGUAUCCAAACGUCUAAACCCCGACGACAACGAGCCGCCGGCUUCUUCUUCCUCGGCAAGCCACUUGGCCGCCCCCUCGGGCCACGAUGGGGAGCAGGGUGGCCGCGGCGCUACUCCGGCGUGGCAGGGACCAGGCAUCGACUCUGAUGUUCCCCCGCCUGGUCCCAAGUAGCGCACCUGCUCCCGCUGUUCCUAGGGCUGGACCCGGCUCCGGCGGCGGCGGCGGCGGAUGCCUCCUCCCGCUGCGGCCGGGGUCGACGGGCGCCUUCUCCUCCGCUUCCCGAUUCGCCUCCUUCCACGCCCUCCGCUCCCUCGCUCCCAAGACCUUGUUGGGCCAAUGCACAAGGAAAAUGUCAACUACUGUGGCUGCACUAAAUUCAACUGUGGUCAAAGGAACAGCAAAUCAAGGAUUGAAGUUACUUGUUACAGAAGGGCCUCAAGCACAGAUGGCAGUUGGGAUAUGGCUCUUUGGGUGUGCUGCCAGGGUAUUCAGCUUGGUCGUACUCGGAGGAAUAACUCGGCUCACACGAUCUGGGCUGUCAAUGACUGACUGGAAGUUCACUGGUGAAAUACCACCAAUGUCAGACGAGGCAUGGCUUGUGGAAUUUGAGAAAUACAAGCAGUCACCUGAAUACAAGAGGGUGAACAAAGGAAUGAGCCUUGAAGAUUUCAAAUUUAUAUACUGGAUGGAGUAUGCACACAGAAUGUGGGGAAGAGCUUUGGGCUUUGUAUUUGCGGGUCCCUUUGCAUACUUCAUUGCAAAAGGGUAUGUUACCCGCCAUCUUGGACUCAGGCUGUCAGCUCUUUUUGCACUUGGUGGUGCACAAGGACUGAUUGGCUGGUGGAUGGUGAAAAGUGGUCUUGAGGAACCAACAUCUGAGUAUGUUCAACCAACGGUUAACCCUUACAGAUUGGCAACUCAUCUGACAUCUGCAUUUGUUAUAUACUGUGGUAUAUUGUGGAUUGCUUUGUCAGUAGUGAUGCCAGAUCCUCCAACCGGAUCAAUGAGUUGGGUAAAUGGUGCAUCAAAAAUUAGGAAGUUGGCUAUUCCUGUCAGUGCUGUGGUAGGCAUUACUGCUAUAUCUGGAGCAUUUGUUGCCGGCAAUGAUGCAGGGCAUGCAUAUAAUUCAUUCCCAAAGAUGGGCGACACUUGGAUUCCUGAAGAUAUAUUUUGUAUGGAGCCUUUCAUACGCAAUUUUUUUGAGAAUACAGCUACUGUGCAGGUUACUUUUUUUCCCCUAAUGAUAAGUUUACAGAUCUGUACAUGUUUGCAUGAAAAAGGAGCUCAGCUCCAAAAGAUCAUGUCGUCCUGAAUAUUUUUUUUCCUAAGGGUUUUUCAGAGUCACUCUCUU